AUGAAUGAAGCGGGCAUAACGAUCAACCCCCGCAAGGUGCAGCUGGCAUCGUCUAGGAUCAGCUUUCUCAGCUUUGUGGUGGACGGAGGGACCAUCCGUCCUAACGACGACAAGCUAAAGGCGAUCACGGAGUGUCUGGUUCCCGGUAACGUCAAAGCCUUGCAGCGCUUCCUAGAUGCAACGUCGUCCAUAUCAGAAGUCCCGCCCUACUACUUCGGGCCCCACGUUGGGCGCCAGUUGUGGGAACGCAACUCUCGCGGAAACUCUUGCAACGGCCACACAGGCAAUGCUCGCGGUAACUCUUUCAACGGCCACACUGGCAAUGCUCGUGUUAACUCCUACAACGGCCACCCAGGUCAUGCUUGCGGUAGCUCUUACAACGGCCACACAGGCAACACUCGCGGUAACUCUUACAACGGCCACACAGGCAACUCUCGCAGAAACUCUUGCAACGGCCACACAGGCGUUACCCGCGGUAACCCUUUCAACGGCCACACAUAUGCAAUACUCGAAAGAUCUUCAAACAGCCACACGGGCAAUGCUCGUGUUAACUCUUACAAUGGCCACGCAGGUCAUACUUGCGGUAGCUCUUACAACGGCCACACAGGCAACACUCGCGGUAACUCUUGCAACGGCCACACAGGCAACUGUCGCCGAAACUCUUGCAACGGCCACACAGGCGUUACCCGCGGUAACCCUUUCAACGGCCACACAUAUGCAGUACUCGAAAGAACUUCAAAUAGCCACACGGGCAAUGCUCGUGUUAACUCUUACAACGGCCACCUAGGCAACACUCGCGGUAACUCUUACAACGGCCACACAGGCAAUGCUCGCGGUAAAUCUUUCAACGGCCACACUGGCAAUGCUCGUGUUAACUCCUACAAUGGCCACGCAGGUCAUACUUGCGGUAGCUCUUACAACGGCCACACAGGCAACACUCGCGGUAACUCUUACAACGGCCACACAGGCAACUCUCGCGGAAACUCUUGCAACGGCCACACAGGCAAUGCUCGCGGUAAAUCUUUCAACGGCCACACUGGCAAUGCUCGUGUUAACUCCUACAAUGGCCACGCAGGUCAUACUUGCGGUAGCUCUUACAACGGCCACACAGGCAACACUCGCGGUAACUCUUACAACGGCCACACAGGCAACUCUCGCCGAAACUCUUGCAACGGCCACACAGGCGUUACCCGCGGUAACCCUUUCAACGGCCACACAUAUGCAAUACUCGAAAUAACUUCAAACUGCCACAUGGGCAAUGCUUGUGUUAACUCUUACAACGGCCACCUAGGCAACACUCGCGGUAACUCUUACAACGGCCACACAGGCAACACUCGCGGUAACUCUUGCAACGGCCACACAGGCAACUGUCGCCGAAACUCUUGCAACGGCCACACAGGCGUUACCCGCGGUAACCCUUUCAACGGCCACACAUAUGCAGUACUCGAAAGAACUUCAAAUAGCCACACGGGCAAUGCUCGUGUUAACUCUUACAACGGCCACCUAGGCAACACUCGCGGUAACUCUUACAACGGCCACACAGGCAACUCUCGCGGAAACUCUAACAACGGCCACACAAGCAACUCUCGUGGAAACUCUUGCAACGGCCACACAGGCAAUGCUUGA